GGUAGGACCCCCAGUAAGACAGUGCUUUUACGCCACGAAUGACGCAAAUCAACGCAAGAGCCGGGGGUGGAAAUGUCGUCACCAUCCGCCUGGGGUUGGCGGAGUUGCCGCGAGAGGGGCGUGUAGACCCCGCCUCGGUGGGUGGGGAGUGGCAGGCCCCGCCUCGGCCCCUCUGGCAGGCUCCGGCCGGAGUCGCUGCGGCUCUGACAGCCGAGCGGGAGCGCGGAGCCCGGAAGGAUGCGGCGCCCGCGGCGGCCUGGGGGUCCCGGGGGAUCUGGGGGUCUCCGGGUGCUCCUCUGCCUGAUGCUGCUGGGCAGCCGUCCGGGAGGCUGCAACGCCAUUAGCGCCCACGGCUGUCUGUUUGACCGCAGACUCUGCUCUCACCUCGAAGUCUGUAUUCAGGAUGGCUUGUUUGGACAAUGCCAGGUGGGAGUGGGGCAAGCCCGGCCCCUUUUGCAAGUCACCUCCCCAGUUCUUCAACGCUUACAAGGUGUCCUCCGACAGCUCAUGUCCCAAGGACUGUCCUGGCACGAUGACCUCACCCAGUAUGUGAUCUCCCAGGAAAUGGAGCGCAUCCCCAGGCUUCACCCUGCAGAGCCCCAUCCAAGGGACAGAUCUGGCUUGGCGCCCAGGAGACCGGGUCCCGCUGGGGAGCUGCUUUUACAGGGCAUCCCCACUGGCUCCGCCCCUGCUCCCCAGCAUCGGCUUCCUCGACCUCCAGUAGGUAGGGGUGGAGCUGGGGCAGGCUCCCCCCUCUCCCCUUUGCAGGCUGAGCUGCUGCCCCCUCUCCUGGAGCAUCUGCUGCUGCCCCCGCAGCCUCCCCACCCCGCCCUGAGUUAUGAACCUGCCCUGCUGCAGCCCUACUUGUUCCAUCAGUUUGGCUCCCGCGAUGGCCCCCGGAGCUCAGAGAGCUCCCCAGGAAUGGUCAGUGUUGGCCCCCUGCCCAAAGCUGAACCCCCAGCCCUCUUCAGCAGAACUGCCUCCAAGGGCACGUUCGGGGCUCACCCUGGCCGUUCCUAUGGGGACCCUCCAGGGCCUCCGCCUGCUCAGCUUCUCCAGGAGUCAGGGCUGCUCUACCUGGCCCAGGAGCCACAAGUGCCCAGCAGGGCCAGGGCACCAAGGCUGCCAGAGCAAGGGGGCAGCAGCCAGGCAGAUGACUCCUCAGAAGGCUAUGAGGAGGAAGGACUAGAGGGUCGCAGGGAGAAGCCUCCUUCCCCAGAAGAGCAGCCAGAUGUGACUCUGCAGAGGCUGGCAGCUGUGCUGGCGGGCUACGGGGUGGAGCUCCGUCAGCUGACUCCUGAGCAGCUCUCCACCCUCUCCACCCUGCUGCGGCUGCUGCCCAAGGGUGCAGGCCGAAACCUGGGAGGGGUUGUAAACAUUGGAGCUGACAUCAAGAAAACAGUGGAGGAGCAGGUGCAGGGCGCAGACUCAGCGGAGCCUCCACCGCCCACGCCCUCCCUGCCCGGAUCCCCCACUGCUGGUCCCACCUCCAGUAAAGCCCAGCAGGAGCUGAGCUCUGGAUCCUCUGAGCCCCCCAAAGCUGCCGGCCCCCCUGCCACGCCCAUCCUGCGAGAGGAGAAAAGUCCACUGGGCCAGAGCCAGCCCACGGCGGCAGGGCAGCCCUCGGCUAGGCCAUCAGCAGAGGAAUAUGGCUACAUUGUCACUGACCAGAAGCCCCUGAGUCUGGCUGCAGGAGUGAAGCUUCUGGAGAUCCUGGCUGAGCAUGUGCACAUGUCCUCGGGCAGCUUCAUCAACAUCAGUGUCGUGGGACCAGCCCUUACCUUCCGCAUCCGGCACAAUGAACAGAACCUGUCUUUGGCUGACGUGACCAAGCAAGCUGGGAUGGUGAAGUCUGAACUGGAAGCACAGACAGGGCUCCAGAUCUUGCAGACAGGCGUGGGACAGAGGGAGGAGGCAGCCGCCGUCCUUCCCCGACCGGCCCACGGCACCUCUCCCAUGCGCUCCAUGCUGCUUACUCUGGUGGCCCUGGCGGGUGUGGCCGGGUUGCUCGUGGCUCUGGCAGUGGCCCUGUGUGCACGGCAGCGUGCGCGGCAGCGGGACAAGGAGCGCCUGGCCGCGCUGGGACCCGAGGGCGCCCACGGUGACACUACCUUUGAGUACCAGGACCUGUGCCGCCAGCACAUGGCCACAAAGUCCCUGUUCAGCCGGGCAGAGGGUCCACCGGAGCCCUCUCGGGUGAGCAGCGUGUCCUCGCAGUUUAGUGAUGCGGCCCAGGCCAGCCCCAGCUCCCACAGCAGCACACCGUCCUGGUGCGAGGAGCCCGCCCAGGCCAACAUGGACAUCUCCACGGGACACAUGAUUCUGGCGUACAUGGAGGACCACCUGCGGAACCGGGACCGCUUGGCCAAGGAGUGGCGGGCCCUGUGUGCCUACCAGGCGGAGCCCAACACCUGUGCCACCGCCCAGGGGGAGGGCAACAUCAAAAAGAACCGCAACCCUGACUUCCUGCCCUAUGACCACGCACGCAUCAAGCUGAAGGUGGAGAGCAGCCCUUCUCGGAGCGAUUACAUCAACGCCAGCCCCAUUAUUGAGCACGACCCUCGGAUGCCAGCCUACAUAGCCACACAGGGCCCACUGUCACAUACCAUCUCAGACUUCUGGCAGAUGGUGUGGGAGAGUGGCUGCACCGUCAUUGUCAUGCUGACCCCGCUGGUGGAGGAUGGUGUCAAGCAGUGUGACCGCUACUGGCCAGAUGAGGGCUCCUCCCUCUACCAUGUAUAUGAGGUGAACCUCGUGUCGGAGCACAUCUGGUGCGAGGACUUCCUGGUGCGGAGCUUCUACCUGAAGAACGUGCAGACCCAGGAGACGCGCACGCUCACGCAGUUCCACUUCCUCAGCUGGCCGGCAGAGGGCACCCCGGCCUCCACCCGGCCCCUGCUGGACUUCCGCAGGAAGGUGAACAAGUGCUACCGGGGCCGCUCCUGCCCCAUCAUUGUGCACUGCAGUGACGGUGCAGGAAGGACUGGCACCUACAUCCUCAUCGACAUGGUACUGAACCGCAUGGCAAAAGGAGUGAAGGAGAUUGACAUCGCUGCCACCCUGGAGCAUGUCCGUGACCAGCGGCCUGGUCUCGUCCGCUCCAAGGACCAGUUUGAAUUUGCCCUGACAGCUGUGGCGGAGGAGGUGAAUGCCAUCCUUAAGGCCCUGCCCCAGUGAGACCCUUGGGGCCCCUCCGUGGGCAGCCCAGCCUCUGCUCCCUCUUUGCUAUGUGAGCAUCUGUGUACUCACUCCUCACUUCCCCACCUGCCACCUUGGCCCCUCUUGGGCAUGUCUAGCCCUUCCAAGAGGAGCAUGUAAAGAAGGGGAAGUGGGAAGGGGCACACCGGGAGCCCUGGCAUCAGUCCCGUGGGGGAGCUGGCAGCUGGCCAGGAGGAGAGGAAAUCAACCAUUCCACCCCAGAGCCUCCUCCUGCCUGAGUUCCCUGGCCCCCAUUUCCCACCACUCUGGAUGCUCCCAAUAUGUCUGUGUGGACGCCCUCCACCCUCCGGUGUGGCUAGAAUGGGGCGGAGGGGCCACCAUGUCCAGCUCUUCCUGUUCUCCCAGCCCCUGCUGCCCGCUGACCUGCCUCCACGACCCACACUCUGGCCCUUGCCCUUCCUACCCCCUCCCCCGGCCCUCCCGCCGCCACAUGCCACUCAACUCUCUCCCCCUGGCACAAGAGAACAUUUCUAGAAAAAUCUACUUUUGUAUCAAUGUGAAUAAAGUGAGUGUGUCGUGUGUGCAGCUGCAACCCGGACUCCUACGCAUUUCUGUCUGCUCUGCUUCCAGACUCCAGCCCCGGCCUCAGCCUGGAGCCGGGCCCUGCUGCCUUUCUCAGGAGAUGCAGAGAGGGUGAUGGGAGGGCCAGGCUGCCAAGUCACGCUCUCCAAGGCUUGAAUGGUAGCUAAUAACAAUUAGGCAGUGGUUUUUUUAUGCUGUGCUCCCUAUGUGGCUGGCAGUCUCCAAGGUGCUUUACACCCAUUAACUUGUUUAAUCUUCAGGACACGCUACCAAUUAUUAGCCCCAUCUUACAGACGAAGAGACUGCGGCACAGAACUUGCCCGAGGUACCACAGCUAGUUAAGUGGUGGAGUUAGGAUUCGAACGCAGGCACGCUUGACCUCUUUGCCGCCGGUCCUCUCAGUUCUUGGGCGGCUGCUUCAUGUCCUUCGGCCUCAGGAAUAAUGUACGUCGAGCAGGAUUGAGGUUAGGACUAAACGAGGUGAUGCAGGCAAAGUGCUCGCCACACCUUAAGCAAAAGUAGCUAAACUCUGAUAGCGACUCGCAGACCAGGCCUAUGAGAUGUGACAACAGCCAUUCACCUGGGGGCAAGGGGCACUUUCUCCCCCCUCCCCCAUAGCGUUCCACCCUGUAUGGCCCCAGGGGAGCCCUCAUCUGCACGUCAUGAGAUGUCCUUGUCAAAGAUGGUAGACGUAGAAAUGAGGCAAGAGAGCCUUGGGCAUGGAGGUACUCAGGAGUUAGGGCCACCUAACCUUGCCAGGGUUCAGACCCGUCACAUGAAAAAUGGGCGAGUACCACCCGUGCUGCGCAGGGAGCAAAGGGACCAGUGAGUGGACCACGGGCCCUUCACCCUUCACCUGUGCUCUGCUGAGGUUCAGCACCACUGGUGUUUCAUCUCAAAGGCCGGAAGUGGGCAGAACAGCCAUUUUACCAGCAGAUUCUCUCUCUCUCAAGAUAGAGGCUUGAAAGUCCUCUUUCAGGGCAGGCUGCUUCCUUGCUUUGAGAAAAAUACAAUAUAGACCCUUUGGCCACUGAAGAUGAA